AUGUCCUUUUACACUCGAAGAUGCUCUAAGGAAGGAGCCAUCCUCAGGGUCAUCGUCGCCUCCUUCCAGCUCGGGGUCGAGAGGGCCGCCGGCGUGCACCUGAAGCAGGCGCUGAGGAGGGGCGUCGCCGCCGAGUCCCUGCAGCAGACCAAGGGCGUCGGCGCCUCCGGCUCCUUCAAACUUUCCAAGGAGGAGCUGAAGAAGGCAGUGCCCAUAAGGGACUCGGCUGAGAAGAAGGUGACGAAGAACGAAGAGAAAAUUCCUAGAAGAGCGACGGAAAUAGCAAAGAAAUCCACCUCGAACGUCCGGAUUGUUAAAAUCUUGCGAUUCCCGACGCAGUGA